AAAACAUAUUUAAAUUACGGGUUAGCUAUGCUUUGUUUUACCGCGAGAGACUGGUAAAUCUUCGCGGGGAACUUCGAUUUUUCUUGUAGCUCGGCCAUUUUCAGUAAAGAAUCAGAAGACAUCGUCUUUUUCACAGGCGUGCCUUAUUCUGUUUCCAUUCGAUUUUCAGCGAGCCUCAUAAUUGUGCAGGCAUGGCUUUUGAUAACUUUGGUUCAGCCAUGAAGGACCUGUUUGAUUUUGAAGAUGGUGAAGAGGAAACAGAAACUUCUCAGGAGAGUGGUUGGCAAGGGAAGGACUGCCUCCUCUUUGCGAUAGACUGCUCACCACUGAUGUUCAAGCCUGUCAACGGAGAAAUUCCAUUCCAACUUGUCAUCAAGUGUGCUAUUAAUGUACUGAAGAACAAGAUUAUCAGCAGUGAUAAGGAUUUGAUGGCCAUUGUCUUCUUUGCAACAGAGAAGCAUAAAAACAAGACAGACUUCAAGCAUGUCUACAUUCUUCAGGAGCUGGAUCAGCCAGAUGCAUCACGCAUCCUUGAACUUGAAAAGUUCUUAGAAGAUGAUAACUGUAAUGAUUUUAGCAGUAAUUUUGGACACAACACUGGGUUUUCUCUGAGUGAUGUUCUAUGGACGUGCUCCAACAUAUUUUCUCAAUGCACGCAGAAGGUUAGUCACAAGAGAAUUAUGCUGUUUACAAACUGUGACCAUCCUCACAUUGAUGACCUUCAUCUUCAAAAAAGAGCAAAGACUAAGGCAGAGGAUUUAAGAGAAGUUGGUAUUAACAUUGAGCUGCUGAGCAUGCUGCCUGCUGGAGGCUCGUUUGAUCCCAGUGCAUUCUACCAGGACAUUGUGGUAUUUGAAGAAGACGAAGAUGGUAGAAUAUCAAACGCUGCUGAGAAAUUUGAAGAGCUCUUACGCAGAGUUCAAAAGAAAGAUCACAAGAAAAGGUCAAUGGGAAGUAUACCAUUCACAAUAUCAGAGGGUGUUGAGUUUGGAGUGAACAUAUUUAAUCUGUGCCGAUCAGCUACAAAAUCCAGCUAUGUUAAUCUCGACAGUCGGACAAAUGAAGAUUGCCAAGUCCACACCAAAUACAUUUGUAAGGAUACUGGUGCCGAGCUGAUGCCAACAGAUAUAAAAUUCUAUCAGAAGUUUGGUGGAGAGAAGAUAAUAUUUGAAAAGGAAGAGGUAGCUUCCAUGAAGAAAUUUGGUGAUCCUGGCUUGCUACUGAUGGGGUUUAAGCCUAGGGUAACACUGAAAAGAUUCUACCAUGUAAAGCCAGCACACUUCAUAUACCCAGAUGAAAAGUCAAUCACAGGUAGUACCACACUUUUUUCUGCCCUUUUGACCAAAUGUCUGGAUAGAGAUGUUGUUCCUAUUUGCCGGUACAUCCCAAGAGGCUCAGCAGCCCCAAGUUUUGUUGCACUUCUCCCUCAGGAAGAGGAGUAUGAUGACAGUAAUGUUCAGGUGACUCCACCCGGAUUCCAUGUUAUCUUCCUUCCGUUUGCUGAUGAUAUGAGGAAACUCAAAUACCCCAAGAAACCAGAAGUAUCGGAAGACCAGAUUGAGAAGGCUCAGAAAAUAAUAAGAAAGCUGCACUUCACAUUUGAUAGCACAUCAUUUGAGAACCCAACUCUUCAGAAACACUUUAACAGUCUUGAGGCUCUUGCCUUGGACAGAGAUGCCCCAGAAGAGGUUAAUGACUUGACAGUCCCUGAUGUUGAGCGAAUUGACCGCAGAGCUGGUGAACUUCUACAAGAAUUCAAGGAACUUGUUUAUCCUGAAAACUAUGAUCCCGAAGCAAAGGCUGGAGCAAAGCGAAAGGCUGGUGCUGCUGGAGGUGCUGCCAAGAGAGGCAAACAAGAUGGUCAGCCUGUGGAUAUCAGACAGGAAGCACUUAGUGGGAGGUUGUCAAAACUCACUGUCCCAGUUCUACGUGAAUUUGCAAAACAAGAAGGGAUCAAAUGUGGGACAAAAAAGGCGGAUCUGGUCGAUGCUAUAAACCGUCACUUUGGGGUCUAGAUAUCAUCUUUUUUACCCAAACCUUAAAUCAAAAGGAGUGAGUGAAAGGCAAUCGUGCACUUAACAUAGGACACAGAUUUUGUUGGUGAUAAAAAAAAUAUAGUGGUUGUAGGUAGUGAUAAUUUUAUUAAAACCUGAUUUUCCUUACAGAACACACAAUAUUCUCUGCUUGUAAAUAGGUAAAUUUAAAAUUGAAAUGCUGUACAUGAAUUUGUAAAAAAAUAUUGACUUGGCACAAGAAUUUUCAACCA